UUAAUUAAGGUAAAUAAAGACUUGAGUCUUCAACUCAAGGACAUUUUCUCUCUCUCUCUUUCCUUCAUCUUCUAUUCUCUAUUUUUCCCCCUCUGGAAGUUCCACUUGACAAAUAUUAAAUCCCCUGAGUCUAUCCGCUCGGGCUUAAUUUUCCUCCUGUAUUUUCCAUCUCCCAGUGGACACAGUGACCUGGGGUGUUUUUCUGAAGGCCUCUUUCCCACACCUGCACUCAGAGUUGCCCACUCAGGCCUCUCACCCAGUAAGAGGCGGGUUGGGGAAACAGACCUACACCACCUCUGCAGGAAACAAUGCAGUUUGGGAAACGUAGUUUUAUUCCAACCAACAAAAAUCUCAAAACCACUUAAAACUUCAAUGCACUUUGCCUGAGUAUUCCUACUUUGAAUAUAAGCUUUGGUUGUACACUUCUUAAUUAAGCAAAUUCUAAGCUUUGAGCUACAUAUCUGCUUUACAUUCUAAUAUUAUUCUCUACCCAUAUACUGAUGCCAGAUACACACUGAGUUAUUAUUGCUAAUAAGCUGUUCGAUACUUCCUCUAUUGGAUUCAUUCCUUUGCUGGCCUGUGUGGGUGCAAAAUAAGGUUUUACUUUUGAAAAUAUUUUCAAAUACUUGCAAUUACACUUAAACUCCAGAAUAAAUCGUUGCUGAGUACUUUUUUUUUUUUUUUAAGUAUAUCAAGAGAUGCAACAGCAUCCAAGUUUAGGCCUUUCAGAGGGCAGAACCAGCAGAAGAGAGUCCAGCUGGCUGAACUCAACUACAAGCAUUAGUUCUUCGGUGAGGGUCUCAAGGUUUUUCUAUCCCUCUCCAUGCCGUGGGGAAGGGGGAGAGGAUUAAAUCUGUAUACGGAUGCAAAAUACAAUGGGACCUAUGAUCAUAAUUCAUAUAGCUAAUUUCAUGUACUUUGGCCAAUUGUAUCAUGUUCCCAACAGGUCCAAGAACUUUCCCCUUCUGUAACCUGAGGUGCGGGGACGCCAGGGUCGGGGCCUCCAAAGGUAACCACAGGAGUCAUUCAGGGUUGGCUUGCUCCAUCAGGACGCCGCCCCUUCUUCUCGCCUAAGUAGGAGAGGACGCCCACCAGUGAGCACCUCCCCUGAGUCCCAGCUGCCCCGCACGCUCAGGAGCCAGACCACCUUCGUCAGGUGUCCUUGGAAUUUAGUGCUGGGGCUGGGACUCCGGACCAUUCCCGCCGGUUCGCCUUCCCUGAGUGGGAAACCCGGGCUCCACGGCUUGAAUACCCAUUGGCAGCCAAGACUGGCGACUCUCCCGCUGGUGUGCAGGUGGCGGGCGCGGCCACUUCGCUCCUUAAAUAGCCCCUUCUCUGAGGGCUGGGGAAUAUGAAUAUGCAACACGAGCUCCUCCAGAUGCCACUGGACAGGCGGCCUGUUUAAUAUUCAUGACGCCUCGGGGGCCCUCAGGACGCUAACAAACGAAUCGCGAGAUGUUGGGGGGGCGGGCUCCACGAGGCAAAGCCUCCUCUGAUUGGUUGUUCUUGGAGGUUGUCUUCGAUUGUGGGGUGUGAAAGGUGGAGCUGCAAGUUUGGCAUAGGGCGGGAGAUUUGAAUACCUAUUUUCUGUGUUCCAGGCUGUGCGGAAGUGCUUUUUUUUUUUUUUGACCAGCACUACAACCAUAAAGAACAUAUUCCGAGCACUGUACUCUUAGUUUGGGAGCUCCAAUCCACUCAUUUUCUAGAUGGAGAAACCACUCCUGACUCCUAGCCCUGAGUUCGGCCACCGCCCCCGGCCGGAAGCUGAGGGGCUGGCCCAGGAUGCGAGACCCGGCCCCUCCUCCUACCUCCCCCUAUUAAUUCCUCGCGGCCCGGGCAACCCUAGGAAUCUCUUGCGGCUAACUCCAUGCAGCGCCGGGCUUGUGGCUUAGUGGUCCUGGGACGGCCUGCGGCUGCGAGGGCCUGAAGGCAUCGUCCAGCCCAACAUCGCUGUACACCUGGGGAGUCCGAGACCCAGUGAGAGCAAUGCGGCCCGAGGUGCCCCAGCCCGCAGCAGGACCAAGGCCAGUCGCAGGUCUCCUGACUCCCAGCUUGGUGUCCCGCUUCUUCGUGGACUUUAGAGACCUCAAAUGGCCAAACUACUACAACAUCCACCCAAGUUCUUGCCCUCAGAGUGGCAAAUUGCUAACAAGAACCAAUACCACAGAGCAGAGGCCCAAAGGUCCCGGUCCGAACGCCUGGUGGCAGAAAGCCAGAGGCUUGUGAAUGAAAUUGAAAAGACCACAAGAAAAUCUCAAAGCGAUGUGAACAAGAAACUAGAGCAGAGGCUUGAGGAAGUCAGGUUCUGGAAGAAGGAGUUAGAUGACAAACUUGAACAGCUGGUGCAUGCGACCGAAAAUCUACUCAUCUAUCAGACCAGACUGGAGAAAGCCCUGGAGAGCUUUAAAGAGCCCUUGCACAUCACUGAGAAGUGUCUGGAAUACAGGGAGAAGCGAGCUGGCAUUGACUUGGUCCACGAUGAGGUAGAGCAGGAGCUGAUCAAGGAGGCUGAGAUCAUCCGGGGGGUGAUGGCCCUGCUGACCCGCACCCUGGAGGAUACGUCCGAGCAGAUCAGGCUGAACCGCUCUGCCAAGUACAGUCUUGAAAAGGAUUUGAGGGACAAGUUUACAGCCCUGACCAUUGAUGAUAUCUGCUUCUCACUCAACAACAACUCACCAAACAUCAAAUAUUCUGAGGACGUCGUGAGGGUUGAACCAAACUCUGUGAGUCUGGAAGACUGGUUGGACUUCUCCAACACCAACGUGGAGAAGGCUGAGAAGCAGAGGAACAACUCUGUGACGCUGAAGGCCCUCGUGGACCGAAUCUUGUCCCAGACGGCCAACGACCUAAGCAGGCAAUGUGACGUGGUGGACACCGCAUUCAAGAAUGGGCUGAAGGAGACCAAGGACGCCAGGGACAAGCUGGCUGCUCACCUGGCCAAGGUCAUGGAAGAGAUUGCCUCCCAGGAGAAAAAUAUCACAGUUCUUGAAAAAGCCAUCCUUGACCAAGAAGGACCUGCCAUGGUGGCUCAUACACGCCUGGAGACCAGGACACAUCGGCCUAACGUGGAGCUGUGUCACGAUGUGGCACAGCACAGGCUGAUCAGGGAGGUCGGUGAGAUCACCCACAACGUCGCAAGAUUAAAGGAAACAUUAGCCCAAGCUCACAUAGAGCUGCAAGGCCUGAAUCGCAGGCAGCUCGCCCUGCAGGAGGAGAUCCAAGUCAAAGAGAAUACCAUCUACAUCGAUGAGGUGCUGUGUAUGCACGCGAGGAAGUCCAUCCCUCCGAGGGGUGGGGCUGACCACGGGGAGGGGGCCGGGGGCCUUCCUCCGGACACUGUCUGCUCAAAGCAGGAUUCUCAUUAGCCAUUCCCAUUAAACAGAGUCAUAAAACCGUUGAACAGAACUCUCAUUUCAGGUGGGCAGAACUUCCGGUCAGCCCACCAAAAAGUCUUGGCGGGGGUUCCAGGCCUGCCCGGGGCCUGAGAUUUGGGUGCAAAGCUCUAUUCUGCUACUGCUAGUGGUGCUGUGGUUGUUGAAGGGUUAAGUUCCAUGAAUUAGCACAGGCCAUGC